AUGAGAAGGCCGCACGACCAUCCCUCUGAUGCUUGGCUGCGACUUCCCCGAGUGUUUCCCCAUUACUGCCUUUCCCAGGACCCCCGCGAGCGCCUUCCCGUGAGUCCCUCCCGGCAUGGCCCGCCCCGCAAGUCCUUGUCGCUUCGCCGUCGUGAGAUCCUUCCAAGAGUUCUCUUCACCGCGCCUACCGCGUGUUGUGGGCGUCGAGGCGCGCUCAGGCCUCCUCCAACACCCCAACCAUCACCACCACCACCAUCACCGCCACGCCCCCAGCCACCGCCUCCGUCGAGGAAGACAACGCAGACCCCAAGAGACGCGAGAGCAAGGGCGCCACCGAGAGCUGCAUCAGCCCCGCCGCGGCCGCCGCGAGCAGCCCCGGUUCGAACACGAGCCCUACGAGCACCACCACCGCCACAAUCUCCCACACGGUGA